UGCAUUUUGCACAAAAAUCUGGGACAAUUGUUUCUUUCGCUUUAUUUUCCAUAAUAUUGCAAAAUAAAAGUAAAUUUUUUGGCAUUUUAAUUAAAUAAAUUGUUAUAAUCUUAAAAAUAAAUCAACAAAAAUUACGUACAUAAAGUGUAGAAUAAAAUUCUGUUGAUAACAAAAAAAGCAAUAAAUAUUUUGCCAAUAAUACCCCGUAUUUGCAACCUUGUGUCUGAACAAAAAAAAUAACCAUCAAAAGUAAAAUCAUUGCAAAAGACGAAUCCAGCAAAAAAAUAAAAAAAAUUGCUUAAAAUAUAAAAACUAUUAAACAUAAACAGUUAAACAAAUAAAUAAUUCAAUCUCAUUGAAUUAUUUUUGUAAAAAGCAUGCAAAAAAGCUAAAAUCUGGCAAAACAAAACGAAACUUAUAGGAAUUUUGUUUUCAUUUGGAUUUGGAGUUAUUUGUUCACAGGAAAGAAAUAACACACACAAAAAAUGGCCAGCGCCUUAGAAAAUUUUGUGAAUAGUGUGAGAAGCCGUACUUCAUCGGGUGCCUUGGAAGAACUGGCCACACACCUGCUAGACUCGGUGGAAAUUUUAACCAAAAACUGGAAUAUACUCGAUAAUGUCCUGGAGACAUUGGAUAUGCAACAGCAUUCAUUGGGUGUUCUUUAUGUGUUAAUUGCUAAAUUUAAUAGCAUUGGGAACUCCAAUGCUGAUGUGGAUGUACUGUUUAAAACGUUUAAAAAAUUCAUAGAACAAUGCAAUACUUAUCAAGUUGGUUUAGCUGCCCAUGCAUAUUAUGAAUUGUGUCAUCUAUUUACGAACACAAUGGUGACACAACCAAGUUGCAUUCAUGGUUUGAAUGUUUUAGCCACAGCCAUUAAUAAAAUACGCACUUCAGAGUCUCAACUAACUCCCAUACAUGCUGAUCUCUGUCAGUUAAGUCUUAAAUCAAAAUGCUUUAGAGUUGCUCUAAAAUAUUUAGAUGUCGAUAUAACAACAAUAUCAACCUCAGCUGAAACUAGAGGGCAAAAUCAAACGGAUGUCACCAAUCAUGAUGCCAAAUAUUUCUUAUUAUAUUACUAUUAUGGUGGCAUGAUUUAUACGGCUAUUAAGAAUUAUGAAAGAGCAUUAUACUUUUUUGAAGUUUGUAUAUCAACUCCUGCCAUGGCGAUGUCUUAUAUAAUGUUAGAAGCAUAUAAAAAAUUCAUCUUGGUUUCAUUGAUACUUCACGGCAAGAUCAUACCCAUACCAAAAUAUUCUUCUCAAGUUAUAUCGCGUUUUAUGAAACCUAUCGCUCAGGUUUAUCAUACAUUAGCCGUUGCAUAUGCUACCACCUCCAGUGAAGAAGUACGAAAUUGCAUUAUAAAAUAUAGUGAAACAUUUGAACGUGAUAAUAAUAUGGGUCUAGUUAAACAGGUCGCUACUUCGUUGUAUAAGAAAAAUAUUCAAAGAUUGACAAAAACAUUUUUAACAUUAUCCCUAUCCGAUGUUGCUAGUAGAGUUCAAUUACCAUCUGCUGCUGCAGCUGAAAAAUACAUACUGAAUAUGAUUAAAUCUGGUGAAAUUUAUGCAACUAUUAAUCAAAAAGAUGGCAUGGUUGUUUUUAAAGACGAUCCAGAAAAAUACAAUUCACCUGAAAUGUUCCUUAAAAUACAACAAGACAUGGAUAAUGUUAUGGCAUUAGUUAAACAAUUAAAUAAAAUGGAAGAAGAAAUUAUAUUAAAUCCCAUGUACAUUAAAAAGGCCGUUGGUAAUCAAGAUGAUGAUUUAGCGUCUCAGCAUGCAAAAGCUUUUGCGGGUGAUCCCAUUGAUUGAUGAUAUCAACAUAAUAAUUCUAAAGUUUAUAAUAAUCGUUCCAAAGUUUUGGAUAAUUUUAUGAAACCUAAACAAUGCAGUACAUUUGUCAUCUUUAGCUUUAUGCUCAAAUGCAUUCAUUCAUUGUUUAAUGAUAAGAAAUUUAAAAUUAAUAAUAACAGCAACAACCGAAACAACCACAAUAGCAACAAUACCCACAUCAAUAACUCUGCAACAACAACAACUACUUUGCCUAUUGAACAUUAUUAAAAAUAUUUGUUUUUUAAAAGUAUAAAAAAAGAAAGAAAAUAUUACAACACAUCAAGAAAACAAACCAGAAAAAAUGGAUCUUUAAUCCAUUUGUUUUUAUUAUUUGUGGUCAUUUAUUAUUUGUUUUUCAUUUCUCUUCAGAAUUUUAGCAACAUUUUAAAUUCUAAUAAAGCAAAAUAGAUGUCUGCCUACAGUAAUAAUAAUAAACACACAGAAAUAAUGACACAAAGUGAUUCAUAGUGACUAAUAUAUUCGAAAAUUUUGGCUUUUAACGUUUAAAGCAGGUUUGGAGAAGAAA